CUUUUUGAGACGGAUUUCGCGUCAAAGCAAAGAAAAGCAGGAAGAAAAGAAAAACGGUGGUACAGUCGGCUGAGCAGCAGGGGUUUUGAUAUAUUGAUACAAACCAACAGAGAAAAUGAUUCACUUUGUCCUUCUUAUUAGUCGACAAGGGAAAGUGAGGUUGACCAAAUGGUAUUCCACAUAUUCUCAAAAGGAAAGAACUAAGGUUAUUCGUGAACUAAGUGGUGUGAUUCUGUCUCGAGGACCCAAACUUUGUAAUUUUGUUGAAUGGAGAGGAUAUAAAGUUGUUUAUAAAAGGUAUGCUAGUCUUUAUUUCUGCAUGUGCAUUGAUCAAGAUGACAAUGAAUUGGAAGUCCUUGAAAUAAUUCAUCAUUAUGUUGAGAUUCUGGACCGGUAUUUUGGCAGUGUCUGUGAGUUGGACUUGAUCUUCAACUUCCAUAAGGCUUACUAUAUAUUGGAUGAGCUUUUGAUUGCUGGUGAGCUUCAAGAGUCGAGCAAGAAAACAGUUGCCAGGCUAAUAGCUGCGCAGGAUUCACUGGUGGAGGCUGCAAAAGAGCAGGCCAGUUCCAUAAGUAAUAUUAUUGCCCAGGCCACCAAGUAAGAAUAAUGUAGGUCCAGGCAGAAGCUGAGGUCUGAUGACAGAUUAUGUUGGAUGAUGGUAUGAGAAAGAGUAGAUGAAAAUGUCUAAUCACAGAAACAUGCACCUAGGUAGCAUCUAAAUCCGAUCAUGUGGAAUAGUUACUUUAUUGAGAAAUAGAAGUGAGAUGCCUAUGGCCCCAGAAUUACUGUCAGUCCUUGGUGUUUGAAUAGAAAUCCAUUUCAACUCCCAUAAACUUGUUUGCUUUUA